CGGCCGGAUGUGACGUCAGCAAAGAAAAGACAGCCGGUUAAAAUGCGAGCGGGCAACUCCGGCCGCCAUGGCUGCUGCAGUGGAUUGCAUUCUGAAAUUAGGUGGUAGUGCGUUGACGCAGAAAAACCAGCUGGAGACGCUGAAAGCGGAGUCCUUGCGGAGGGCGGCUGCUCUCGUGUCGAAGCUCUGGGAGGCUGGAGAGAGACGCUGCAUAAUCGUGCACGGCGCAGGGUCUUUCGGGCAUUUCCAAGCAAGAGAAUAUGAUGUUGCCUUGGGGACAUCAGGAGGAAGAUCAGCUGCAAGUGACAAUUUGAGACAAGGGCUGUGUUUGACCAGGCUUUCUGUCACCAAGUUGAACCAUUUGGUAACAGAACAAUUGAUCAGUGUUGGAGUUCCAGCAGUGGGGAUUUCGCCUUUUGGAACCUGGCAAACAACAAACAAGAAUGUCAUUAAAGCUGGUAUUGAUACCGUGAAGAAUGUUUUAGAUGCAGGUUAUGUUCCUGUAUUACAUGGGGAUUGUACCCUGGACUUGGAACAACACUGUUGUAUUUUAUCUGGAGAUACAGUUAUUGAGGUUUUAGCUAAGACAUUCUCUCCUAGGCGAGUUGUGUUUCUCACAGAUGUGAAUGGAAUUUACAGUUGUCCACCUGAUACCCCAGGUGCUAGGCUGGUGGAUUCCAUUGUUAUUGGUCCUGAAAGAACGAUGGAGCCAUCUGUGCUCACAUCUGCACUACCACAUGACUCUACUGGAGGAGUGUCCUUGAAACUACAAACUGCCAUAAAUAUAGUUUCUUCGAGUCAUGGAACCAUUCCUGUUCUGAUCUGCAAACUGGACAGUGAAGCAGCUAUAAAGGCUUGCUUGACUGGGGAAUUGAAAGAAGGCGAAGGCACAAAGCUUUCCUUUGUGGAUACGUGAAGUCUUUUGUAAAGGAAUCUUGAAUCAUGUGCAGAAGAAUUUCUGGGACAAUAAUAUUCAUAAAUUCUUGACUGACUUUUCUGUUAUUUUAUGAACCUCACAAAUUCAAAUCAUAAGUUUUUAACGCCUUGCAAAACAAUAACAUUUUGAAUAUCAGCAUACAAUAUAUUCACGUCACAUUGAUAGCCCCUUGGUGCUAUAAACUC